AUGGGUAGGCAAGUCUGGAGCAGGGGUUCGAGAGAUGGCUGCAUUCGGGCUAGCAUGUGUAGCGAAGGUAGCCCAGUUAUGAGGGUAAGGACGUGGAUCACAGGAGCUGCGAAUGGGCCAAGUAUCGGUGAAGAGGCAGAGAAAACGAGCGCGGGUAUCUCUCCAGGAUGGGGCUCGAUGGGUGUGAGCAAGGGUCUACACAGAACAGAACAGGACAGACGGUGCAAGGAACAUGGAAGAAGGCAGGCAGGACAGGGGGCAUGGAAGACCAAGGUACGUACCAUAGGGUGGAGAGAGGCAGCGGACAGGUACGUACCGAGUCGGGGGUGGCAGGCAAUGUACCUCCCCAAGGCUAGAUACAAGUACUUCCCUCGCCCUGGACGGGGGGUGAGGUGGGAGAAGACGUAUGAGAUGCCUUACCUUAGGUAA